AUGCGAUCUGGCCCAUUCGCAGUCGGGACGGUCGGCGAGGCCUAUGCCGGCGGUGGCGAGGAAGCCCAGGACUCUCAGUCGAAGCUGGGAGCUGCAGAGGGCAGCACCGGCUCCGCGAAGAUGGACGUGAACGAGCUCAAGCAGGCUCGCGAGUCGGUGCAGGCCACCAUGGACGCCGACAGUGCUCCUGGGUGGGUGGACCGUUUCAGCGGCGAGGCGCGCAAGGGCUCGGACAUUCUGGUGCAGAGAGUGCAAAAGUCGGGGUAG